CGUUAAGGUUCAGUUUAUAAAGAGCUGAUAAAUGAUUAAUAGAUGUUUAUAGGGUUGUUAGAUUGAUAUAGAUGGUUAUAAGCAACCUGUUGGACUCUACAGCACAUUAUAACCAUUAAUUAACAAUUUAUUGAAGAAUAUAUAAGUAGCCUACUGACCUGUUAAUAAACUACUUAUAAAUGGAAUGUUAAUAUAAAUAGCCAGUGAGACUUUGUAUUUAUAGAAUGAUUUCUCUCUGUCCAUGCUGGAGAUGGAAGAAAGCUUUGAUAAGACUCUUCUAUCCCCCACUCUUUCUCACAGUAUACCCUUCGAUGUGAUAUGCGACGUUCUCUACUGGCCAAGGACCUGACUAAGACUUGUGAAUUCAUUGUCCAUGCACCACCUCAGAAAGGGAAGUUGAUGCCAAGCCCAGUGGACUUCACAAUUACACCUGAAACCUUACAGAAUGUUAAAGAGAGAACCUCGCUCCCAAAAUUUCUCAUCAAAGGUCAUCUCAACUCGACUAACUGCAUCAUUACACAACCACUAACUGGGGAGUUGGUGGUGGAGAAUGCAGAAGCUGCAGUUAAAAGUAUUGAGCUACAGUUAGUACGUGUGGAAACCUGUGGUUGUGCUGAAGGUUAUGCUAGAGAUGCUACAGAGAUUCAGAAUAUUCAGAUUGCUGAUGGGGAUGUCUGCAGAAGUUUGUCUAUUCCAAUAUACAUGGUAUUCCCCAGGUUGUUCACUUGCCCUACGUUGGAAACUACAAAUUUCAAAGUUGAGUUUGAAGUUAACAUUGUUGUCCUCCUGCAUGAUGAUCACCUCAUCACAGAGAAUUUCCCACUGAAGCUCUGCAGGGUGUGAAUAUCCAGAGGAGAAUUGCUAAUGGAGGAACAAGGAAAUUCUUCAGCUACCAAUUGGAAAUUCAGUUCAUGUCUUCAAGCUUAUUUUAAUUGAAGGACUAAAACAUUUGCUCAUCCCACUAUUGACUUCUGUGUUGGAAGGGAAUGCAUUUCUCUGUAACUCUUACCAAACAUUUUGUCUAUCUUCUGAUAUUAUUAGUGAAUGCGCUUUUCUGCUGAGACUCCUGCCAGGUAUUUCUUUGAAUUCAACAGCCAUGCCUCCCUUUCUCUAUUUUUUUUUUCUUAAGAACUCUUAAGGGAUGUAUUUUGCACAUUCCUGUCAUGUGCACAACACCCAGUAAGUUUCUAUGAUUAAUUCAUAAUUUAACACUUGUGCUAACGCUUUAAAUGUUUCUUUUAUAAGGAUCCUUAUAUCUAAACAGCUAACAGGCCCUGCUAUGUAUUGGUCCUUGAAGGAGAGACUGUGAGAUUAGAUGUUUCCUAAGCCUCAUCAUCCUAUGGAUGCUGGAAGACCUAAUGUUCAGGAAAUGUUUUAUUGAAUGGUGCUACAGAAUUGGAACACAGUGUUAUUGGAUCAGCAUCACACAAAGAAUAUGAAGUGAAAGGAAACUAAGUAUGUUUGUUUCAGUUAGAUUAGGAAAUGAAUCUAUUAAUCGGGGGAACAACCUCAGAGCAAAAGCUUUUUGUUGUAACAAAGUUGAUAAAACUAUCACACUCUAGUUAACUUGGUCAGUUACUUGCAUAAGUUCUAAUGCAGUGCGAGGACCAACCUGUCAAGAGGUUCUAGCUUGCAGUUGUGCCAGACCUCCUGCGCUUGAUUAGCCAUUCCAUGUUAAUUUCUUUUCCCCUGACUAGUGAAUUCUUUACCUACUAUCUAGUUGUGGUGCGAAAAUGUGGGUCCUUGCUUUGCUCUUGUGGCCACAAGAGCAAUUGGAUGAAAGCUGCUGUCACUAUGCUUGGCUGCUAUAUUGUAGACUAGCUUCUACCUUGCAAUAAAGUCAGGCACAGGAAGAAUACUUUACUAUAGACUGCAUAAACAUAUUUAUGUUUUGGCCACCCCGGUUAAUCUUUUGCAUGCAAUAUGGUAUUAUAUGGGUAAUUAACUUUAACUUUAUCUGAGCCAGUUACUAGUUGCUUCCCCUUUCAUUGGAAGGGUUAGUUGACAUUUGCUGAAUAUGUCAACACAUAACUAUGUUGGGGUUGGGGGUAGGGGAAAUGCAACAGGCAGAAAUGAUUUUUUUUUAAAUUAUUUAUUUAUUUUUUUACUAUUUUCUGAUAAAAGCCCUCCAUUGCCUUUUUAGUUAGCACAUCUUUAUUGGGUAGACACCCUUAAGCUGCCACAGCAGGAACUAGACCAGGAGACAGUCUUGUUUUGGGGAGGCGGUGUAGGAAGAAUUGUGUUUUUGAUAAUGUAAGAAAAAGUACGUAUAAAGGCAAAGUGUGCUUUUUCUGAAUGUACAUUUGCAAAUGAAACAGUCAGGGAGGGGGAGGAGGAAGAGGCACUGCAAAGCAAAAUGAGCAGGCAUCUAAAAUGUUAACUCAAUCUUGAAGUAAAGACACUUGACAAAACAUCUGAUUUUGGCUUUACACCUCCCUUCAUCCAACAGAAAAAUACUAAAUUUUCCAGCUGGCUAUUCAGGCCUCUGCUCUGGCUAAUGGCAAAAUCCUUGUUCAGCAGUUUCCAUGUUUUAGGAAUAAAAACCUGAACUUCUAAAAAUCUAGUUUUAACAACUUGCAGUAUCAGCACAACAUUUUGGCAUUAAAUAGUUCAAAAUCCUCUCCUUAACCACUGCAAAAACAAUGUUUGCGUGUGAUCUGGAAAUAUUAUCACAGGAUCAUUUGGGGGGAAAUGAUGUCUGUGUCUUUCAAAGAGGCGGGAUGAUACUAGACUGCUAGCUAUUGGCCAGUACCAAAAUGGCCAUGUGAAUUUACAGAUUUUUAGGGAUCUUUUGUAAGCAUGUAAUGAACAUCUAAUAGAAACAAUAUAUAAAUAACACUAUUAUGAAUCCUGCAUUUAGUUUAGGGAGUACUGACAUUUUCACAGCAGGAACAGUUGACCUUCACCCUCCAGCACAGAACUACACCAACCUAGAUCAUCCCACUGAAGUUCUUUUUCAGAUGUGACACCUACUGGCGUGUGUGAGACAAACUAUGAAGAUUAUUCUGGAUCUACUGGAGAUGGGAGCAUGUUAAAGCUCCCAGUUAAUCUCGCUACAUGGAUGAUACUCUUUCAGCUAGGAAUAUCAGUGUAAUAGAAGAAACACUAUUUUCCUUAGGGAAUAGAGAGCACAUAUGUCCUCUCCUUCCAUUUACUAAGCCAUUUGGCUGAAAAGAUGCGGGGGGGGGGGGGGAAGCUUGUCCUACAAAAACUAAGCUAUGAUUAGCAGGAAGUCAUGUGUAUAUAAUCUCCCUUGUGCUUCACUGUACGUCUGUUUCUUUAUUGUUCAGGUAUGAAAGACUCUAGCUGGGUUCUUCGAACACAGUGGUCCAGAUAUUUUGUACUGUUUACAGCAUAAACAAUAGAUUUUUGCCCUCAUGUUGAGAGUGGAUAGAUGGUAAUUGGGGGUCCCAGAACCUUAAAUUAUCAGGUGGUUUUUUUUUUUAAGACAUUGUUUUUCCACUCUGCUGAAUUAGGGAUUGGUGGAAGCCCAAAGACUCUCAUCUGUACUUUAUUUACAUUUUUCAUAGUCUUUUUUCACCACUACAGAGGGGUUUGGGGCUUUUUGACAGAUUAACCUUUACCAUGAAUUAAAGUUGAAGACUCUGCUCAUCUAUAUUCAAAUGUUAGCAGAGCUGGUCAAAUUCCAAGGCGCAACUUAAAAUGUGACCUGCAGUAGAGUGACAGUUUCUUUACUUCUAGCAGCAUUAAAACUGGUAAGUAAGAAGCAUCCAGAAAA